AGCAGUUUUAUUUGUAAACAUGGCGUCUUCCGACUCAUGUUUAAUUCAUUUUGACGGAAAAAAAGGCCCACUAACGACUUUUAGUGAUGUGUCUUUUCAAAAAUUUUUGGAUUGUCGUAGUAUUUGGCUAACGCUAGAUGGAGAACAUCGUGAUGUUGCACGGAGAAGUUUGGAUCUUGUCAGCGAAAACGUGAAAAAUGUUAAAACUGACGGUAUCGAAUAUGCAAAUUUCUCGUAUCACAGAGCUUGUUAUUCGGCAUUGACAAAUAAUGUUCACAUCAAACGAGCUCAAGUGCGGUGUCAGGAUGAAAAAAAAGAACGUAAAGCAGUUGAACUCUCAUCUUCUGUUGGUGAAAUUGACGAAACAGAACCAGAAGAAGUUCAACCUGCGAAAAAGAUGCUGCGGUCUAAUCUGGGUUCCGCCUCAACGAGUUCGGCAGUAAGAUCGAGGAAUCCGCACGUGUUGCCGCACAUUUGUAUUAUUUGCAAGAGAGAAAAGUCUUACUUCACUGAAUCGAAAUCGAAAAAAAGGAAGUUGGACAAAUUGGUAUCAGCAGAAACGGUUGAUGGGGGGAAACUCAAGGAAGCUGCAACAAGGAAAAAUGAUGAAAGUGUUUUAAUACAAAUUGCUAAUAAGGACAUGGUAGCUUUGGAAGUGAAAUACCAUAAACGUUGCUAUGAAAAGUAUACAUCAUUUCUGAGGCACACUAGACAGUCAAAUGAGAAAGAAACAGAAAAACAUGAAUGCAAAUAUGAGAAGUCCUUUGAUGUUUUCUGUAUGGAGUUUGUGAAUGCAAGAAUUAUUAGACAGGAUAAUAUAUUCUACAUGAAGAAACUGACGAAAGAGUUCAUCAAGACUGUGCGACGUGUUGAGAAAGAGGAUGCCUCGAGUUAUAGAUCCUUCCGACUGAAGAAGCGCUUGCGUAAAAGGUUUCCACAACUUGUAUUUCAUAGACCAAAGGUUCGAUCUAAGAGUGAGAUUGUUUAUGCAGAAUGUCUUAGUCAAGCAAGUGUAGCAGAAAGUUUCAUGGGCAAUAAUGAAGAAACAUCUCAGAGCUCACAAGAGUCAGAUUCUUUUGAAAUUGAUGGUGAAGGAUAUGCAAACAUGCAUGAUAAGAGAGCAACACUGAAAGAAUUGUAUACAGUAGGCAUGACAUUAAAGAGUGAGUUGCAAGACCAAGCAUCCACUUGGUAUGAAAACUGGCCACCACUUGCAUCGGAUAUUACUGCUGAAAAUGUUCGAAAAGUGGUAACACCUUGCUUGUUUAAUUUUAUGACAUGGCUGCUAGGGUUUUCAGAUGACCCAGAGGAUACUGAUUACAUUGAAUUAGAAGAGAAAACAACAGCAAAGGUUUUUUCUCUAUGUCAAGACUUGGUGUAUGUUGCUAAUAAAGGGAAAGUACAGACACCAAAAUCCCUAGCAUUGGCAAUAGCUGUUCGGCAAAUAUCUGGCUGUUCUGGCCUUAUUAAUAUUUUAAAUGGUUUUGGACAUUGUGUAUCACUAUCAUCAACCAUGGCCUAUGACUCUGCAAUUGCUCAAACAACGAUUAACACAUCAAACAUUCUUCCAAGGGAAUUUGUUGCAACCGAGUAUGUCAACUUGGUUUACGACAACAUAGAUUUUGGAGAGGAGAUUGAAAAGCAGACUCAUGUAACCAAUGGUAUCAUUACACAAAGAGUCUCAGUUCAAACACCAUUGAAUUCAUCAGAACACCCAUCAACUGCUAUUAAAAAGACACAACGUACAGUAAAAAUGCCUUCAACUGACAUUGUGCCUUACAGUAUAGGAGUAAAGAUGACACCAGAAUUUCAAACUGUUGAACUGGAUCCUGAAUGUCUAGAACUUUUGUUCAAAGAAGAUCCCGCGAUUAAUGCUUAUAAACUGGACUUAGCAUAUAUUUUAGUAAAGUAUAUAUGUUCUUCAGAUGAGGAAGUAUUGCCAGGAUGGACUGGAUUUAACACCAUGCUUUGUAGUAAUGAAAUACCUGAUGUAUCCAGAGUUGGAUAUUUACCAGUCAUUGAUGCAUCCCCAACAGAAUAUUCAACCAUCAACACAAUCCUCACACGGAGUACUGAGAUUGCAGAUAAAUUAGAGCUGAGAUAUGCUGUGUUAGUUUUUGAUGAAGCUGUUUAUGCUAAAGUACAACAUGCUCGCUGGAAAGAAGAGACAUUCUUAAAUCGGUUUGUUGUUCGCCUUGGUGAGUUUCACACCAUCAUGUGUUACCUUUCUGCCAUGUCAAAGAUCUUUGAAGAUGGAGGCUUAAAGGAUGCGUUUAUUGAAUCUGGUAUUGUGAGUGAAGGAUCAAUCAAAGGUAUUCUCUCUGGCAAGCAUUACAACCGGGCUGUGUCAUGUCACAAGAUUAUGUAUGAAGCACUUCAACGUCUAAGGUUUCAAGCUUUUCUGGAUUCCAUGACGGAAAAAGACCAGGACGAUAUUUCUUCAUUCAUUGAGAGUAUGGCAAAUUCAUUUCCACACGACAAGUUCCUUACUGAUGGCAUUGAAAAUCCAAAGAUGCUGCAAAUAUUACAAUCAUAUGAGUUGUUCAUUAACGAUAUGUGUAGUAAAUCUAGAACAUUUUCAUUUUGGAGCAUGUAUAUCAAGAUGGCAGGUGUACUACUGAUGUUUAUUAGAGCAACAAGAGAAGUAAACUGGGAUCUCCACUUAGCAGCUUUCAGAGCUAUGCUUCCAUGGUUUUUCAUUUUGUGA